AUGCAGCUCUGGAUUGGUUUGGCAGAGGUUUCUCAGGGCAUCUGGACCUGGGUAGAUGGAACUCCUCUGAAUGAAAGGGGCACUUUGGCCUUCAGUGUGCUCUUCACCUCCUCACAGAAACACCAAGACAUUACAACAAUUGCAAUUUUACAAAAAACAGCUGAGGUGUGCAAGGAGCAGGGUCGACGUGCAGGAAGAGAUUUUGUGAUGCCUUUUCCUCUGACUGUUGACUCAGUGCCAGAAGCUUGCGCAGCUUCUGAAUCGAAGAAAAGUUUCCGGACAGUUGUCAAAAAUAUCAAGGAUUCAAAUGCCUUGGUUGAUUUCUGGCAUGUUUUUGAUGAGGAGUACCAUUUUGAUAGCGAGGCGUUUUUGAAAGGGAGGGACCUCAUCACAAGGGGCGUGGCCACCAUCAAGGCAAACCUACGGCGAAAGAAUUAUGAGCCAGCAAGAGACAAGCUGGGUGAAAUUUUGCACACUUUACAGGAUUUCUACAGUCACAGUAACUGGAUAGAACUAGGCAAUAAGUUCCCGUACUCCAACCUUAUCAGACCAGACCUCCCUAUGGACAACAUCGCAGAUAGGAACACCCCAACAUGCAGGAGCUGCAGUGGAGGCAACUGUGAUAACAACAUCCUGGAAAGCAUCAUCAGGGAGAAGAAACUGACCUCUGGAUAUUUUGAAGUGUCCAGCCCUGAAAAGCCAAACGGAAAGUGCAGUCAUGGAGGAUUCUAUGACAAAACAAGCGAAACUGAGCCCACUGGGGGCAUAAAUAAGGACACGUUUGACUCUGACCAUGGGAAACUGCACCUACAAGCUGCUGACGUGGCCACUGCUGCCACUGCAGAGCUGCUGGAGGACAUCAGAGGGGCAGUCGGGGACUCUGAAUUCCUCAGAUUUAUGGGGAUAACUCAGUCCUCCUCUGUUCUCUGUUUCGUCAUUGACACCACAGGCAGCAUGGGCAAUGAUAUUGAUGAGGUGAAACGUGUCACUUCAUUCAUAAUUGACAGCAAAAGAGGCACUACUGAUGAGCCAUCUGCCUACAUCUUUGUUCCAUUUAAUGACCCAAGUUUUGGGCCACUGAUGAAGACAACUGAUCCGGAUGAGUUUAAAGCACAAAUCAAUGCUCUUUCUGUAUUUGGAGGUGGAGAUGAACCAGAAAUGUGUCUCUCAGGACUUCAGCUGGCACUCACAGGUGCACCCCUUGAAUCUGAGAUUUUUGUUUUCACUGAUGCCAGUGCAAAAGACACAGAACUGAGAAGCACUGUUCUGGCACUGAUUGAGAGCACCAAGUCAAGAGUCAACUUCUUCCUAACUAAUGCAUUGUUCUCUCGUCGACGGCGGAGCAGCGAUGGAGAACAACACCAAAGCCAACGAUUCACCUCUCGUCUCUCUAACUCUUUGAAUCAGCUGUAUCAAGACUUGUCUGAGGCCUCAGGUGGGCAGGCGAUCGAGGUUACCAAGGCAACACUGCCUCAAGCCACCAGCAUCAUUGUGGAUACCUCCAGUUCAGCACUGGUAACUCUUCUCCAGGCUGUCAGGAAUCCAGCAAAGGCGGAGAACUUCUCUGUCCUAGUGGACACAUCUGUGAAAAACCUUACUGUCUAUAUUACAGGCAAUUCCCCAUCUUUCACCAUCAUAAGCCCCUCAGGAAUAUCCCAGGAUGAUACAGAGUCAAAUGGAGGUUUGGGGGAGAUACAGACAGUGGGGAAUUUCUAUCGAGUGCAACUGAACAGCCAGAAUCAAACAGGGCUUUGGCAAAUCAGUAUUGACUCAGCACAGCCCUUCACCAUUAAAGUCACAGGUCAGAGUGUGAUUGAUGUUCAGUUUAACUUUGUGGAGAUUAUUGAAGAACCUGCCCCAGCAUAUGCAGUUUUGGACAGUCGGCCUAAAGCAGAUGGAAAUGCUACCCUGCUGGUGACAGUGACUGGGGGAGAGUCUGUGAAGCUGACAGAGGUGGCCCUGGUUGAGGCAUCAGGUUCUGGGGUUGUUAAUGGCACCUUGCAAGAUGUGGGAGGUGGGGACUAUCUUGUAACGGUGACCUCGGUUCCAGCUGAGAAGUUUGUUGUUCGUGUGAGAGGAGAGAGCACUUUGUCCAGAUCAACACCCAACAUCUUCCAAAGACAAUCUUCCACCCAGCUUAGUGCUUCUAACAUCUCCAUUACGACUCAGGUGAGUGACACAUGGGAACCUGGAACAACUCUGAGUGUGGGCUUCACUGUGUCCACCAGUGGCUCAGGAGGUAACUUGAUAAUCCGUGCUAGGAACGACCGUGAGUUUGUCACCACUCUCCCUGAGUCACUGACCCUUGACAGUGCGGGCAGCGCCAAUAGCACAGUCACCCUCACUGCUCCUUCAGACACUCCCUCUGGCACUGAUGUCACACUGACCAUUGAGGUCGACACUCCUGGAGCCUCCGACUCAAACUUCGCUGUGUUACGCCUUUCUGUUGUUGCUACGGUAACAGAUAUCACACCCCCUGUGUGUGAGAUUGUGAGCGUAAAUGCUAACUGCUCCAGCAACUGCAGCCUGUCAACAUGGGAGCUUUCUGCCAACCUAACGGAUGGAAACGGAACAGGCAUCCAGAGUUUGACAGUCCGGCAAGGCAACGGAAAUCUGACCACGACCAUUGUGGCUGAUGGAGGCAUUAAUGUGACCCUUGCGUCAUAUGUUGCCUCAUGCUGCUCGGAGGAUUUUGAACUGGUCGCUGUGGAUGAGGUGGACAAUGUUGGCACCUGUUUCAGAUCCAUCAGAACAACUAUAGCACCAAGUACCAGCACUCCAUCCCCCCUAUUUGCCUUUACAACGGCCCUAGAAGACUGGAUGUCUACCAUGAGGAUGCAGAGAUCACAGGAGAGAACUGUAGAAGGGCUUAAGGUCGAAAUACUUCAUGUGCUCAUUGACCCAGGAAAGUGCAGUUAUGGAGGAGCUUUUGAUAGAACAAGCCCCGCGGAGCCCACUGCAAUGUUAACAAGGAAAGUUUUGGCAUCAGACAGCCAACAGCAGCAAAAGCUGCUACCACAGAGCUAUGUGAGGACAUCAGGGGAGUAA